CAAGUACUACCCCGCGUCGAGGCGGGGAGAGGACCGAGAGCUCCUUCUUCAUCUUGAACCUUACUCAUUAUUAUUACCCUUGGUGAACAGCUCUCCAGGUUGAUCGACCUUGAUAUCACGGACGGCAGGUACCGCCUUGUUUAAAUAAAAUCUAGACGUCCGUUUCUGUCGCCAUCAUCUGUCAUCCUAAAUAACCGCUCCUCCCAACAUGGCGAUCCGACCCGCGAGCAAGGCAGGGACCUGGUACGAGAGGUCGCCUGAUGUGUUGGAGAACCAGCUCAAGAGGUUCAUGGCAGCUGUCCCCGAUAGCAUUGAUGGAAUCCCGGUCCCCAUUCCCGGGGCCCGCAUCGUGAUUGCUCCGCAUGCAGGCUACGAGUACUCUGGCGAAUGCGCAGCGUGGGCAUACAAGACGCUCGAUCUCAGCCGGGCGAAGCGUGUCUUCAUUUUGGGCCCCUCUCAUAUGUACUACCUCCAGGGCUGUGCGGCGACGACAUUUGAGAAGUACUCGACGCCCUUUGGCAACCUGACAGUCGAUCAAGAGACGGUGCAGGAAAUCAAGAUCGCAGCGGAUAUGGACGAUAUGCCCUUGAAGCACGAGACCAAUGAACACUCCCUCGAGAUGCACACGCCAUACCUUUACCUCCGACUCCAAGAGACCUUUGGCUCACCGGACAAAUUCCCGAAGAUUGUUCCGUUGCUGAUUGGGUCUAAUGAAGGAAGUGAGGAGAAGGCAUUUGGUCAAGUGCUUUUGCCCUAUAUCAAGGAUCCCGACAACGCCUUCAUCAUUAGCUCUGACUUCUGUCACUGGGGCGACUAUUUCAGCUACAUGGUCUACUCUCCAACAAACAGCCUAUCGGAUCUCGUUAAAUUGCACAAGGGCGACCCGAAGCCGAACGGUCCACCAAUCCAUGAAAGCAUUCGAGUGAUUGAUGAGGCGGCUAUGGAUGCUGUCAAGAGCGGCAGCCACAACGCAUUCCUCGAAAACCUUAGACAGACGCGGAAUACGGUCUGUGGACGACACCCAAUUGGAGUCAUGAUGGCAGCCCUAGAACUGCUACGCAAGGAGCCCGGGUACCAGGACAAGGGGCGGUUCAGCAUGAUCCAGUACGACCGCAGUAACGACUCGCUGGAGAGGCCCAACGAAUCCAGCGUUAGCUAUGUGUCUGCAUACGCUGUUGCAUGACGAUCGACUACCGACUUGAGUAGUUGGGGAAUACUCAUGAGUGUAAGCGGUUCAAACAUUGGAAUGUGGAAGGUGGAUGAAGUGAUUCGGGAGGUUGUGGCGAAAUCAUGGCUGUCAGGCUAUCAAGCGAGUAUUUCCUAUUAGGUGAGCUUUAUGAAGUGUUUGAACAGCAUGAAUUAAUUGGGAAAUGAAGCAUUUGGAUCCGAGCCCAAAUCCAUGUCUGAACGUUGAGUUACAUUUUGUAAGGCGGUCAGCACCGCAACGCUGAUGAGGGUCGACCAGAUGUGGAGCGUCAGCUUAUGUACAUGAAAUAUACGGCUGAAGUUGGCGUGACGAAGACUCUCGAAGGGCCACGACUCCAUCUCAGGUAAGGGACUACGUAUAUCUCAUUUCUGUAAGGUUGAUGAUAUUCAACCCCAAGAUAUAAUAAUAGGACAGUUAUAUUUUUCCGG